AUGGCUAACGGCGCCGUACCUCACCAAACCGGCCCGGUUCCGGGAGCCGCCCCUCUGCUCCCAAACCAGGGACGUGUUAUCCAGACCGGUCCCAUUAGAGUUCUCUGCAUCGCAGAUGUCCGAGGUAACCUCCGGUCGCUUAACGAAUUCGCAAAGUUGGCGCGUGCCGACUACAUCAUCCACACCGGCGAUUUUGGCUUUUAUGAUGAAACAUCUCUAGAUCGGAUCGCCGAAAAGACUCUCAAACAUGUCGCGCAAUACUCCCCACUGAUCUCCGAACCCACGAAGAAGGCCAUCGCCCAAGGCGUUCCCGGGCCCGUCAAGCAGCGAUUUCCCGCCAGCGAGCUCCCGCUCUCAGAGCUUCCCCAGCUCAUCAGCGGCGAGCUGAAGCUAGACGUUCCUGUCUACACGGUGUGGGGUGCCUGUGAGGACGUGCGGGUGCUGGAAAAGUUCCGAUCGAAGGAGUACAAAGUGCCGAACCUGUACAUCAUCGACGAAGCGCAGUCUAUGCUGCUGGAGGUUGGUGGUGUGAAGCUCCGCCUUCUAGGCUUGGGUGGUGCUGUGGUCAUGCACAAGCUCUUCGAUAACGGUGAGGGCAGGACAACUAUCGCUGGCGGCCAGGGAACCAUGUGGACAACUUUGUUGCAGAUGGGCGAACUCGUCGAUACCGCGAACCGCGUUUACGACCCCAGCGAAACCCGGAUCUUCAUCACGCACGCCUCGCCGGCUCGUGAGGGUAUCUUGAACCAGCUCUCGGUCACUCUCAAGGCGGAUUUCUCGAUUUCGGCAGGCCUUCACUUUCGAUACGGAAGCUCGUACAACGAAUUUAGCGUCAACCCCACCCUUGACCACUACCGUGGCAAGCUCGCAGCGUCGAAGGCGUCCUUCAACGAUGUGUGGGAGACCGUCAAAGGCGAGGUUGAGCCGGCCAUUCAGCAGAACGAGGCUCAGCAGGUUUUGCUGAAGAAUGCGUUAAGUGUUGUUGAGAAAAUGCCCACGACUGCGGCGGGCGGCAACCCUUUUGGUGGCGCGGCUGCUGGCCAGUCGGGGUCAGCCCUGGGCCAGGUGGACGAAAGCGCGUUUAAAAACAUGUGGAACUUCAAUCUUGCAGAUGCAACCUUCGGCUGGCUUGUCCUGGAGAUUCAGGAUGGCAGAAUCGGUACAGAGAUGCGUGCUCAGGGAUUCAACUUCUCUCACCGAGGAGCGAAGCAGCAAGUUGGCGUGCCACCCGCCCCUGUCGCCUCCGGCGCUAGCCCCGCCGCUGCCACAGGUCCUACGGCCCCUCCUGCGACUGCUCCCGCUGCUCCCGCGAGAGCUGCUGCUCCUACGCAGCCGGCCAAGCCCGCCGUGCCGACCCCUGUUCCGGCGCCGGCCAAGCCCGCCACCCCACAACCUCCGUCUGCUGCUUCACCAGCGCCCAAGGAGGAGAAAUCAGCGCCUGCUGCCGCUAACGGAGCUGUUGCCGCGCCCGAGACGGCGCCGUCUCCGGCACCUAAAACCCCAGCUGAAAACAUAAUCGGCCUGUUCAUUAUGAAUGCGCAGAGCGAUGAGCAGGUGCGGGAUCUGUUUGCUGAGGAGGACAAGGCCAAGAUUGUCAAGAUUAUUCGGUGGGGCGCGAACAAAGUGGCGGAGUUCAAGACGGCCGAGGAUCGGGACGCUGCGAUGGAGCGUCUGCCUGAUGAAGUGAAAAACCGCGCCCCAGGGCAGGAAGAUCGGUCGAAGCCUCUCGUCAAGGUCUUCUCGCCGCCUCCCCCGCGUCAGUACUCGCGGGGCGGUGCGGGUAACUGGGGAAGCAGCCGGGGUGGAAGAGAUGGCAAUGCCCAGAGCGGAUACCGGAGCGCCGGCGGCGGAGGUGCCAGUGACAGCGAAGGUGCCGGGCGCCGCGGUGGACGCGGAGGUGGACGUGGUGGACGUGGUGGUGAGCGCGGUCGCGGUCGGGGCCAGAGGGGCGGUCGGGGCGGCGAAGGCGGCGGCGCAAGCCCUGCUCCUCCAGUCGACUCCUAG